AUGUGCAUUUUGCAAUUCAACUCACCGCACGAUUGCCAAACCGUGUUUGAUGAAAUAAGUCGCGGAAGAGAGAUCGAUGGCAGGCAACUACGCGUUGAAAUUAGCACAAAUCCUCGUUAUCAAGUAUCCGACACUUCACAUGGUACUGAUACUACCGGGAACUACCGUGGCCAUCAAGCUAUCGGAGGUCCUGAAAGAAUCAGCUCUGGUUGUUCGCUUACUGUUUACAAUCUUCCUUGGCAAGCAAAUGAACGAGACGUCCUUGCUGAGUUUCCUAAUGCAAUAAAGGCAAAUAUGCUGCUUAAUGAGCAAGGACAAUCGAAGGGGUGCGUAUCUAUAUUUGUCUAUGAGCCAUAG